AUGUCUAUUGGUAGACUCGUAGAAGGGCUUACGGGCGCAUACAGCUUGAUCACCGACGAGCAUCUGAAAGUCAUACUGAAGGGAACAGGCAACCCCGACCCGAACGUUUGGGCUCUAGGCGACGCGGCGAUGAUCAAAGAGAUGCCUCUCCCCGCCACCGCGCAAGGUAUGCCCGCUCUCCUUCUCCCUCGUCCCACGGGCGCACCACUCACGCGUCCGCCCAUCCGGACCUCCGCGGCGGAUCCGUUCCGGUUCCACAACGUAGGCUCGCUCGCGUACGUCGGCGACUGGCAGGUGGUGUACGACCGCACGCGCACGGAGAAGGCGAAGGCGAAGGAGGCGGGGCGGUUCGCGCGGCUGCUGUGGCACUCGGCGCACUUCACGAUGACGCUGAGCUGA